AGGAAGUGGACUGUCAGUCUGCGCUGUGUCCUUGUUAGCAAACGAGCUAGUUAGCUGCCAUUACAGGCAAGCAAAUGUGUACCAUCUGGAAAUAUGAAUUAACCUCUGCUUAAAGAUUGAUUUUGAGAGAUUUGUGUGAACCCGCUGUUGAUAACAGCACCAUGUUGCGUGUCGGGAGUAAAUCUGCCUGCAUGGCCUGCAGGAAUCUGGUCUCCACCAACAUGGGUGUGAGAUUUCGGGUACCGCUGCAGAAGCUGCACCCUUUGUCACGAGCCAUCCACCACCGCUACUCUGGAAACGCCAACCCCCAGCGACCCCCUCACCGCACGGCAGCCCGCUACUUUACCUCCAUGUCUAGGUUGCCCAUGCGGCCUCCCAAGCCUCCCCCAGGGACAGGGGGCCGUGGCCACCAGCAGCAGCGCAAUUUUUGGGUGGCCCAACUCGCUGCCCGACUGCUAAAGCUUCGAUACAUUCUCCUGGGGUCGGCAGUGGGAGGAGGGUACACCGCUAAAAAGACCUAUGAUGAGUGGAAGGAAAUGCUGCCUGAUUUUAGUGAAUACAACUGGGUCAUACCAGAUUUUGUCUGGGAACUGAGUGAACAAAUUGAUCUUGAGAAACUGGCCAAAGCUCUACCAGAGAUUGAGGAAAUAGCCAAACUACUACCCGACUUCAACAAGAUAGGCGAGAACUUCACUUUCCUCAAAAGCCUCCUGUCCUCUGGUGUGAGUUUGGGUAGUGAAGUCAAAGGAGCUUCUGGUCUGCAUCUGUUGUUAGAAACAUCAGGCGAUCCUCCACUAAAAGCCACAGAUUCUUCGACUGCAGCGACACAAGAUGGCAACGACAAGCAAUACAAAAAGGGUCUGCUUGGCGAGCUCAUUCUUAUUCAGCAGCAGAUCCAGCAGCACGAGGAGGAGGUCCGGCGGGCCGCAGCGGCCAAUAGUGCGCGUCCCCCAGCGCGUCCCCCACCGCCAGAGCCUGCUCCCAGUCCGCCUCCGAACCCCAGUCCCCCUCAACAGAAACGCAAGUCAUCCGACAAAGAAAGAGUUGACCAGCUUCAAGAAGAACUGCUUCGUACACAGCUAAAAUAUCAGCGCAUGCUGGAAAGAGUGGAGAAGGAGAAUAAAGAGUUAAGGAAAGUGGUGCUUCAAAAAGAUGAUAAAGGGAUUCACCGAAGAAAAGUCAAGAAAUCCCUUAUUGACUUGUAUUCUGAAGUCCUGGACAUCUUGUCAGACUAUGAUGCCAACUACAACACCCAGGACCACCUACCCAGGGUGGUUGUGGUUGGUGAUCAGAGUGCUGGGAAGACUAGUGUGCUGGAGAUGAUAGCUCAGGCCAGGAUCUUCCCCAGGGGCUCAGGAGAGAUGAUGACCCGCUCUCCUGUCAAGGUAACACUAAGCGAAGGCCCCCACCAUGUGGCCAUGUUUAAGGACAGUGGCCGUGAGUUUGACCUUACCAAGGAGGAUGACCUCGCUGCUCUGAGGCAUGAGAUAGAGCUGAGGAUGAGGAAGAGUGUGAAGGAGGGACAGACCGUCAGCUGUGAGACAAUAUCCUUGAGUGUCAAAGGCCCCGGCAUCCAGAGGAUGGUGCUUGUUGAUUUACCAGGAGUCAUCAGUACUGUGACUGCAGGCAUGGCAUCAGAUACGAAGGAAACCAUCUUCAGCAUCAGCAGGGCUUACAUGCAGAACCCCAAUGCAAUCAUCCUCUGUAUUCAGGAUGGCAGUGUGGAUGCAGAGAGGAGCAUUGUAACAGACUUGGUUAGUCAGAUGGACCCCCAGGGGAAGAGGACCAUCUUUGUCCUGACCAAGGUGGACUUGGCUGAGAAAAACCUGGCCAGCCCAAACAGAAUCCAGCAAAUAGUGGAAGGAAAGCUGUUUCCCAUGAAGGCCCUGGGCUACUUUGCAGUGGUGACAGGAAAAGGGAGCAGUGGUGAAAGCAUAGACUCCAUAAAAGACUAUGAGGAAGACUUUUUCCAGAACUCUAGAUUACUAAGGGACGGCAUGCUGAAGGCCCACCAAGUGACAACAAAGAACUUGAGUCUGGCUGUCUCCGACUGCUUCUGGAAGAUGGUUAGGGAGUCUGUUGAGCAGCAAGCGGAUGUCUUCAAAGCAUCUCGCUUCAACCUGGAGACGGAGUGGAAGAACAACUACCCUCGCCUGAGAGAGCUGGACAGGAAUGAACUCUUCGAAAAGGCCAAAAAUGAAAUCUUGGAUGAAGUCAUUAGUUUGAGUCAAGUGACCCCACAACACUGGGAGGCCAUCUUGCAGAAAAAGCUGUGGGAACGCGUUUCCACCCAUGUGAUUGAAAACAUCUACCUGCCUGCUGCCCAAACAACGGACUCUGGUACCUUUAACACCACCGUCGACAUCAAGCUCAAGCAGUGGACCGACAAGCAGCUUCCACACAAAGCACUGGAGGUUGCCUGGGAGACACUGCAGGAAGAGUUUGCCCGCUUCAUGGCUGAAUACAAAGGCAAAGACCAGGAUGACAUUUUUGACAAGUUGAAGGAGGCUGUGAAGGAUGAAAGCAUCAAGAGGCACAAGUGGAAUGAGAGGGCCAAGGACAGCCUGAGGGUGAUCCAGCACAAUGCCCUAGAAGACCGCUCCAUCACAGACAAGCCCCAGUGGGAUGCAGCCAUCCAGUUCAUGGAGGAAACCCUGCAGUCACGCCUCAAAGACACUGAGUCAGUCAUCAGAGAUAUGGUGGGUCCAGGCUGGAGGCAGAGGUGGCUGAGCUGGAUGAAUCGCACACCAGAUCAGCACAUUCGUAAUGAAACAAAAAAUGAGCUGGAGCGCUUGCUGAAGCUACACGAUGAGCACACAGCCUACUUGGCGAAUGAUGAGGUCACCACAGUCAGGAAGAAUCUGGAGGGACGAGGGGUUGAAGUUGACCCUGUGCUGAUCAAGGACACGUGGCAUCAGCUGUAUCGCCGACACUUCUUGCAGAAGGCGCUGUCUCACUGUAACCUCUGCAAGAGAGGCUUCUACUACUACCAGAGGCACUUUGUUGACUCUGAGUUGGAGUGCAAUGAUGUGGUACUGUUCUGGAGGAUCCAGAGGAUGCUGGUCAUCACAGCCAACACUCUCCGACAACAGCUCACCAACACUGAGGUGCGCCGACUGGAGAAAAAUGUAAAGGAGGUGCUGGAUGACUUUGGGGAAGACAUGGAGAAGAAGACCCACCUCAUCACUGGUCGCCGAGUUCAGCUGGCCGAGGAUCUCAAGAAAGUUCGUGAGAUUCAGGAGAAACUUGAAGCCUUCAUAGAAGCUCUUCACAAGGAAAAAUAAGACAACCAGAACUAUUGAAAGUAUAUUAAUGGAUCUCAACGGGGGAAAUGCACUGAAAAAAGACAAAUCUUUAAAUGACCGCCAUCACAUCCUGACCUUGGCCUCACCACUCACUCACUCAUCUGAUUUUAAUAUCUGCGGCUUGGCUACCUGUCCCCCUUUUGAAGCUGAUGAAAAGAUGGACCUGAACUGAAGGACCCAGUUUUCAAGCUUUAUCUUUGUUUUUCCUUUUUUGCAAACUGUCCUGGCUAAAGAGGGGGGGGCUUCUGCACAGGAGCCCAAACACAGAGAGAUCACAAGGAAAAUGAGAAGCAUGCACAGUGUUGUCGGACAUCUAACUUCUCAUUUUCAAUAAAUGAGGAUUGUGUACAUGUUAAUCUCCCCAGCUGAUGGUGUUUGUGUACAUGUGAUUAGAAGAGUGUGUCUUGCUUUUGCGCUGUUCCUGAUGGGUGAAACGGCUUUGAAUUUCAUACCUUUAUCUCGCAUGGUGUUUCUAAAAUAUGCCAUGACACACAAGAAUUUGCCUAAAUUUAACAUUUACCAGUUCCUUUUAGUUGCACUUAGGAUCCAACGCACUUAAGUUAUCCCUCCAAGCAGCAGCUAAACUCUACUUAUAUGCUCCAUGUACCCCUAAAUAGGAGCAGCAGACUUCAAUAUUCAUAUUCUUCUCAUCAACGCUCCCCAUUGUAACUCCACAACAACUCAGUCAUUGACAGGAUAAGACCAGCUCUGAAGGUGUCGGAAAAGAUAGCAUGUAUAGCUUGAUUUCUUUUCUUUUUUGAUCUAAUGGGGUUUUAGUUGACUGCUUUGUUAAUAGUUCUGCCAAAUGCACACGCUGUCCUGGUCAUGCCACCUUUUUGUUUCUGUAUCUGUGUAGUGUUUGUGAUGUUUGCACUUCCAUCAUUGUACUAUAACAUUUCAUCUCUCCCCAUGUUGUAAUAAUAAGAGAUAAUAUUACUGCUUCCAAACAAAAGAAAAAUCGGACACCCUCUUGAUAAAUUAAUAAAUGUAAUUAAACAGAAAUUCAGGAUUCUUCUAGAUUGUUUAGACACUUUAUUAAACUAAGAACUGCAGUUUUUGAACUGAUUAUGUAAUAUAUAUUUUAACAUGUAAUAUUGUUAUAUAUUUUCUAAGGUUAAAGACUUUAUUUCUCAAAAGCCACCUUGCAUUAAAAGUUAAAGAUGUCAUAAUUAUUUAUUAAGUCAAUUAUCAACCAGUUUGCAUGUACAUUUAAUUUGAUUUUCAAAAGCUAUGACGCUGUGAGUUGUUCUACUUAAUGUCACCACUUUGGACCUGGGUUUUAGUCUUUGGCGCACUAAUAUCAGUCCAUCUUGAUCAGCUGGUCUAGUCACACAGGGGAAGGUGGGUUAUCCCGAUGUUUCCAAUAUGUACCCGAUGUGAUGCUUUGGCAGAACCGUUAUGUCUAUGCACAUGUACACAGUGCAUGUGCACUUUUCCGCGAUGAUAGUCAUUAAGAUCGUCGGCCUUCUUGCUGCUUGGCUGGAGGGAUGAGAUCAAACACCUGAAAACCGAGGGAAUGGAAAUCUCCCUGUAAAUGAACAGAAGUUAUCCUCAAAGUUAAGAAAAAAAGAAAAUAUCUAACGUGCUGGUGGGUAAUUUUUAACCUGAAAGCGUCUGCUUUUGUCAGCUCACUUAUUCUUCACACUGUCCAGGGCUGCAUGUUUCCGCACUGCUCCCAAUAUUGUGCUUUUUACUCAUUCUUAUCUUGAACUCCUUAUUUCACAUCCACCUCCAUCGUUUGGACUAUUCUGACUCUUUCAAUCUCCCACGAGAAAUCUGUUGACCGAAAGUGGGGUUAUAGACUGCGUAAAACCUAUCCACUCAUUUAUGUGUAUAUGGGUGUGUGUAUACAUGCAUACUGUACAUACAUACAAGCAAUUCUGUACAGCUUAAAUUAACGCAAAGUCAUGGAGCUACUAUAAUGUACAGCACAUGUAUGCAGAGUGAACAACUUGUGUAACAAUAUGUGAGUUUGUUCAAAAAAAUGUUUAAUGUUGUAGAAAGUAAUGUUUGCAUGGUGUACCCCAUCAGAUGUGCUUUAUUUAUUAAAUUUGUGUUUAAAAGAGAAAAAUAAAAAAAUUAAAUUGACAAAUAAAGAUGAACUUUUUCA